UGCCGUCAGCAUUAUAUGGUACCCCAGUCCGCUUUGGUUAUCUCGUGCUGCGCCCGUAAUCGCGCGAAAUCGCUGGAUAGUUCUCCUGUUUUUGCUACAUUCUGAGCUCUUCGGGAACUUUCGCUCCAUUACACGACUCCGUGCGCACGGUGCCACGACAUCAUCCCCUAGUUACCAGCCUACAAUCGCUCUAAGCCAGAAUGUUGUCAUAUUUAAAGAAGCGCAUCGAAGAUAACCAAGGCAUAAAAGUUAGCAAGCUGCCGGGCCACCUUGCCCAACUGCCGCCAGAAGUACGUGCCAAAUAUGGUGGUAAUGAAGAGGCCAUUCGGAGCUUCAUACAAAAACAUUCUGAAGUGUUUGUGAUUGACAAAUCUGAUCGUGUGUUUUUGCGGCCACCGCCCUCACCGAAAGACACAGCACCUCCUGACGUUGCAACAGAUGAUGCUGCAGCCCUUUGCAAUGUGACAGGAAAAGUGCUGCGCGUAUUCCCAACUUUUGGGUUCAUAACAACAGAACACCCUAUCAAAACGACUGUUUAUUUUGAUGUUAAGAGUUUCGAAGAAAAUCGUCACACCGCUCUGACAUCAUCUGGCUUAAGUGAAGGUGACUGGGUCACCUUCGAUGCAACCAAGUCAUUUGGACACAAGGCUGCCUUCAAAGCAACUUGCGUGAAACGCAUCGAAAUGGAGGCUGCUUUACCCUCUUCAGCGUCGCAGCCGACAAAAGAGCCAUCAGUAGACGGGGAUGACAGACUCCACAACGAGUCUGGCAUUAUACACACGGUGAGGCCAGGCUUUGGCUUCAUUACGUUUGGCCCGAAGAAAAAGAACUGUGCAUUCUUUCACGGCAGUGUUGUGGACAGUGCGCUUGCCAAAGGCCGCAAGAAUUUGACUGACAUUCUCACAACGAACGACAGGGUCCGUUUUGACGCAAUGCCAGACAACAAAGGCAGCAAGUGGUGCAAGUGGAAGGCCACCAAAGUUUGGUGCGUUCCCACAGAAAUGGAUAGUAAGCCUAACUCGAAAGCCGACAGUGGUGACGAAGUGUUUAUGUCUGAAGAUGAAGCCGACAUCGAGGGGAUGCUCAAUGAUAGCAGUGAAUUGGACUCAUCUGAUGAAGAUGUUGGGGAUUACCCUGUGGGAUGUCCCGACUGGGAAGAUCCUCCGAGAAUGCCACUAAAUCCAGGUGACGGGUCUUCUGCAGAGCAGCCCAUGGCAUGGUCCGCUCGCCGAAAGCUUGCGGGUAUCAAGGGCAUCUUCUUCAAGGAAUCCGAAAAGGCUGGCCAUAUCUUCUGGCUGGAUGGGAAGGUUGCCGCACGGGUGGUAAUCACCAUCGUGUACCACAUGGGCAGGCAGAUCAAGUCCUUCGAUGAGCUGCCCUGGAACUCGGAUUUUGAACUUGGGGUGGAGGCGUUUUUUGACGCCGUGAAAAGCGACGACACAUGGAUCGCAACACUUGUGUGGAUUGGUGAUCGGCCACCCAGACUUGGUGUAGAGAACAGUGAAAACAUCUUCAACAACAUCCUUGCUCUAGCAACGGGCGAGACGUUCACAGAGAACAAGCACAUUGUUGCAACUUGUCGGCCUGUGGCGCCUUCCACCUCUGAGCCGUCGGUUGAUAUAUACCCAGAUAGAAAGGGUGUUGUUGUUACGGCAGCCAAGCGCAUGGCGUGGUGCCAGGUGCGGGAACCCUCUGGCUGCAGGCAACUUAAGUUCACUUGUCUCUACAGGGAUGGCAAGGUGUACACAGAUUGUCUGGACAAAGUUCUGCAAGCGGAUGACAUGGUCUUUGUUGACUACAUGGUUGGCACGAGCCAUGGUAGAGAAGUGGUGCACUGCUGUCUCGCGUGGCAGGGACAGAAGCCAUUGGACGUUGCUUCUUUUAAACCUGAAGACUUUGUCAAGCUGCUAAAUGCCAGGGCAGCUGAACACAGCAGCGCCAGCAGCAGCCCUGAACAGCCCUUCCCUGGCCGAGAUGUCGUGCUGGAUGGGAGACAAAAGAAUGGUCACCAGUCGCCAUCACCAAAUGCUUACGCAGAACAGAUGUUGGGCGUAGCGGUCGGUGAAGAAGGUGCUGUCGUUCGACAACCGCGGACUACCGUGCCCAAGCAGGAUGAUGACACUGCACUGAACCGCAUAUUGGCGCAUCUCAGCAAUGCCGUGCGAGCCGGGGAGGGCAUGCCUCUUGCCAGGCUACAAGGCAUCCUCUCACAACUCCCCCCAUCAGUCCGGGGCCGUUAUGGUGCAACAGUCGAAACCAUACGGUUGGUCGCAAGACAGUUUCCCAGCACAAUUGUCGUAGGCUCAGACGGCAGGGUGUACACCUGUGCAGGGCCUCGUGCAUCCACUAAAAACGAUGCAUCGAUGAGCCAUAAGCCACCUGACAAGAAACGCCUCCCAAGUACCAAAGCAGGAACCACCAAACCGAAGCAGACUGGUGCGUGCGCUGUUUUAAAUGCCAGUGCAGAAGAAGUGCCAAGGUUUCCCACGGCACGCACCGCAGAACCUUCUGUCUCUAUCUAUCCCUGCGUGAAAGGAACAGUUGUCCAAGUCCUAGACUGUAUCGCCACAGUCAGAGUGAAAGAGGCAGAAGGCACACGUGACAUACAGUUCACAAACGACUGCUUCUUCAAGGACGGCGAGGUUGUUCUGGAUAACCUCAGCGAGGUGCUACAUGAGGGAGACAAGGUCGACCUCAACUACAUGGUUGGAAGCCGGGGUUGUAAAGAUGAUGUUGUCCACUGCGACCUUGUCUGGCUGGGGCGGCAGCCAGAUAAUGUACAGUGCCUGGGCCCCGACGAGUUUGCCAAGAGCCUCGGCAUCAAAGCGGCCUCCAUCGGUGUGAGAGCAUCAGCCGACGACCUGCGCAGGCAACAGCAAGGUGCCCUGCUGGAGAGCAUCUCAGGGAACCAUGCCGACUCCUCCGUGUCACGCCGAACUGUGCCUGCAGAACUGUGCCACAUCACAGAGAACUUUGCAUCGCAGCCAGAAACUGAUGGAGCUGAUGCAAACCAAGCAGCAGCUGGUCCUUCAUUCGAGCGACGACCCGAGCAGCUUGUAGAAGAACCUCAAGUAGUCCCCACAAAAUCAGGACUGGCUAAUGCUGCUGCACCUUUCAUUUCACCUGGACAUAGUGAUGAGAUUCUGCUUCGCCUUGCGAGGAUGGUGGUUCAGGAAUUCCGGGCCGAGUUCCAGGAGGAGCUACAGAAGUGUGUGGGAUCGUUGAUGAAGCAUUCGAGGAUCGUGGUACGUGAUGCCGAAUCUCAGACAAGCAUGGACGAUCCACGCAUGAGCUCCACUGGGGAAAGCACUCCACCUUUCUUCAGCCCCUGUGGCACACCGACACAGGAAUUGGAUGUGUUUGGUGCAUCGCCGCCAAGACCAGAUGCUGUUGUCUCACAGCCACUGGAGUUGCAGGAAGUUCAGCAUGCUGAUAACACUGCUGCCCAUACUUCAUGUGAACAGUACGACAAAAGCACAUCACAGCCACCUGUUCAAGUUCAGAGUGGGAACAUGGUGGACAUGGCCAAGACUUCUGAUCAGGCCUGCAAUAACAAACCAGUGGAUGCUAAACCUGAAGGCACAAUUGCUUCCCAGCCAUUGGAGUUGCAGCAAGCAACACCUGUUGAUAGCACCGCUGCCCAUACUUCAUGUGAACAGGACGACAAUAGCACAUCACAGCCAAGCGUACAAGUUCAGAGUGGGAAUAUGGUGGACUUGGUCGAGGCUUCUGAUGAGGCUCGCGAUAACGAGGCAGUGGAUGCUAAACCUGAAGGCACAAUUGCUUCCCAGUCAUUGGAGUUGGAGAAAGCAACACCUGCUGAUAGCACUGCUGUCCAUACUUCAUGUGAACGGGACGACAAAAGCACAUCACAGCGACCCACACAAGUUCAGAGUGGGAAUAUGGUGGACAUGGCCGAGUCUCCUGAUCAUGCCUGUGAUACCAAACCACUGGAUGCUGAGCCUGAAGGCACAAUUCCUUUCCAGCCACUGGAAGUGCAGAAAUCAACACCUGCUGAUAACACAGCUGCCCAUACUUCAUGUGAACAGGAUGACAAAAGCACAUCACAGCCACCCGUACAAGUUCAGAGUGGGAAUAUGGUGGACUUGGUUGAGACCUUUGAUGAAGCUUGUGAUAACAAGCCAGUGGAUGCUAAACCUGAAGGCACUAUUGCUUCCCAGUCAUUGGAGUUACAGAAAGCAACACCUGCUGAUAGCACUGCUGUCCAUACUUCAUGUGAAUGGGACGACAAAAGCACAUCACAGCGACCCACACAAGUUCAGAGUGGGAAUAUGGUGGACAUGGCCGAGUCUCCUGAUCAGGCCUGUGAUACCAAACCACUGGAUGCUGAGCCUGAAGGCACAAUUCCUUUCCAGCCACUGGAAGUGCAGAAAUCAACACCUGCUGAUAACACAGCUGCCCAUACUUCACGUGAACAGGAUGACAAAAGCACAUCACAGCCACCCAUACAAGUUCAGAGUGGGAAUAUGGUGGACUUGGUUGAGACCUUUGAUGAAGCUUGUGAUAACAAGCCAGUGGAUGCUAAACCUGAAGGCACUAUUGCUUCCCAGUCAUUGGAGUUACAGAAAGCAACACCUGCUGAUAGCACUGCUGUCCAUACUUCAUGUGAAUGGGACGACAAAAGCACAUCACAGCGACCCACACAAGUUCAGAGUGGGAAUAUGGUGGACAUGGCCGAGUCUCCUGAUCAGGCCUGUGAUACCAAACCACUGGAUGCUGAGCCUGAAGGCACAAUUCCUUUCCAGCCACUGGAAGUGCAGAAAUCAACACCUGCUGAUAACACAGCUGCCCAUACUUCACGUGAACAGGAUGACAAAAGCACAUCACAGCCACCCAUACAAGUUCAGAGUGGGAAUAUGGUGGACUUGGUCGAGACUUCUGAUGAAGCUUGUGAUAACAAACCAGUGGAUGCUAAACCUGAAACCACAAUUACUUCCCAGCCAUUGGAGUUGCAGCAAGCACCUGCUGACAACACUGCUUCUGACACUUCACCUGAAGUGUAUGGCAACAGCUUGGCAUACCCACCGGAACCAGUUCGCAGUGGAAGCAUGGCAGAUAUGGUCAGCAGUUCUUCCAAUGGGACCGCUGGCGUCAGCAGUGCCAUUUCCCAGCCGUUCGAGGCUUUAGUUACGCAAGAUAGCCAUGUUGAAGAGCUAGCAGUGCACAUUGGUACCGCGGCAUUAGAAGUGUUGGAUAAGUCGUGUACGGUGAGCGAGCUGUCAAACCUGUCAGAGGCAGCAGAUGGGGCACCUUUGAGCUUUGCAGAAUCCCACAAUGUACUGCUUCAGAACGGUACUUCAGGCAGGCUACUGACUGAAAACAAAGAACUAGGCCUGUCAGGAAAGCCGGAAGAAUCUCCUAUAGACGCAAUUGUUUUGCAGGCAACAGAAAAUUAAAUAUCUGUCUUGAUUGAAACUCCAGACCCUGUAGGCACCUACGAAGCGCUUAACCUGUUGGAGAUGCCGGGCAGCGCAGCUGUAAGUGCCAUUGUUUCGAAGCCAACAGAAACAGUGAUCCCAAUGGCUGCCAAUGACUCAAGUCCGCAGCCAGCAGUUACUCUACAUAUACUGAUCGAAAAUGACAGCAUCUUAACACCAGUGCUGUCUGGUAAGUUCUGUGCCGUGGAUGCCGGCUCUGCCGAUCUGACGCAGGAAUGUGACGCACAACAGGUCAGUAUAAAUUCGAGUGAUGCUUUGAAGGUGUCGGAUAUAUUGGAGAGUAUGCUCUAAGCAACCAAAUAAACCUGCUCAUCAGUAUGAGAAAUGCUUCCUCGAAAGACGCUGUUCUUACCACUAGGAUCCACUGCUGCAACAUGCUGCAUCUUGGAUCCACUGCAAGAAACAUGCAGUACUGCAGCAGAUGCACAAGAGAUAUCGCAUUCGCUCUUCUCAAAGAAUGUAAUAACUACAGCUGACUGACGCAUGCCAUAAAAGUCGAGUGGAUGAUCUUUAUUUAAUGAAAGAAGCAGUGAUAUCAAGUUUGUAUGUUGUUUUGUGAGUACUGACAUUCGACAGUAUUGGCCAAUGGACAGGUUAAUGACAUGACAUUGGACAAGUUAACACUGCGUUCCGUACAAACAUUACUUGACCCAAAAGCUUGCACCAACAGCCCAAGCAGCACUCAUUGAAGCAGCAGCUUUUGGAUUAUACCAAACCCAACUAGACUCCCCGAGUUUUUAUGAAAGUUUAUUAGCAAUGGAUUAUGUAGGUAUUAUGCAACUUAUCUCACAUUUAAAUUGCUGCCUUUUAUUUUCCUUGAAAAUGGUUCCAAGAGGUCGAUCAUAGGCCCAAAACCACACCUGAAAGACUGAAGAUUUUGCAGUGCCUUUACUUUGGUUUUCCCUCAUCACUUCUGGGUGUCAUGUGAAAGCACAGCCUUUUCAUUUAUUUGUCUCGAGCAAGGACUUUUGUAUGGUUUAAUUCUUUGUUGUGACGGUGGUGCAAACCUUUUUCUUUUUUUCUUCUCAAGACUGCAGAUCUUUUGUAUGGUUGUAUGUGUGCAUCUUUGCAGAUGUUUGUAUCGAGGAAGGAUAUGUGUGAAUUGUUAAAUAAACCUGUUUGGACUUACCUG